AUGCUAGCCCUCAGGACUCAGAAGUUGCGUCUUGGUACAAGUCCCCCUGGGCCUCCAGGUGGGGUACGUGUGGAGGAGAUCAGGAACAAGAGUGUCCGUCUGAUCUGGAGCAGGGGAGCAGACAACCACAGCCCCAUCUCUAAAUACACCGUCCAAUGCCGGGACUGGUUCUCCCAGGAAGACUGGAGAGAUGCCACCACAUCCCCUCCGGAUGUGGAAGGCAAUGCAGAGACAGCCACGGUGGUGGACCUGUUUCCCUGGACAGAGUAUGAGUUCAGGGUGAUAGCCACCAACACCCUGGGGACAGGAGACCCCAGCAGCCCCUCUCCCAAAGUCACUACGUUGGAGGCAGUUCCCGUGGUGGCGCCCUCAGACAUUGGCGGCGGUGGCGGGACCAGCAAGGAGCUGACCAUCACUUGGACGGUAGGUCUAGCCAAGACGCCAUCUUUAUUUCUGUCUCUGCCAGUGGACCGUGGCCACAAACUCAGCUUUUCUCCUAAAUCUGAUCUGACAGCAGCCAGGAGCAAGCCAAUGAUUUCUCUGUGUGUGACACCAGUGCCAUCCGAAGCCCCUACCAGUGUGGAGGCCAGGGCGCUGUCUGCCUCUGAGGCCAUUGUGUGGUGGCUCCCUGUCACCCAGCACACUGUUGAAGGAUACCAGGUGCGGUACUGGAGGAAAGUGGAGGACAGAGAGGCGUCCAGUCAGAGGGUGGUGGUGUCCAGCAGAGAGAACCAGACAAGGUUGGAGAACAUGAGGCCAAACUCCCCCUACCUCAUAGAGGUCAGGGCCUACAAUGCAGCCGGAUAYGGACCCCCCAGCCAUCACUUCCAGAUCUACACCAAAAAAGCCCCCCCAAGCCGGCCUCCUAAAAUAAUCAGUAAAAAGCUGAAAGGAACGUCAGUAAACAUCGCCUGGGAACAUGUCGAACCCUUGGCCAACGAGUCAACAAUAGAUGGAUACAAGGUCUUGUACAGGAAGGCUGGCCUCUCCACAGGUAUACUGUAUACCACAGGGAAGCGAUCCAUAGACCUGCCCAUGCCCAGGGACGGGGACUGCGUAGUGGAGGUCAGGGCCCAUAGUGAGGGAGGAGAUGGGGCUGUGGCCCAAGUACGCAUCUCAGGUGGAGCCGUCAUGGUCACCCAGUCCCUCAGCCUGGCCUCUCUGCUCCUGGUGGCGAUGUUUUGCCUGCUGGCCCUCUGAAUGUAGUGCAUCUWUCUCUGUCUACACUGCCCAGUCCAGUAAAGGAGACUCUGUGAGGUUGACGCCUAUGAUGACUUUGGUUCCCACAAUCUUUGGUUUCACCCUGAAGGCCAAAGGCUCAUGUUCCCACCUCGAGGAAUAGGGCUUUGUUUGUGGGGGAAAAACACAAAAAGAAAUGUGUAUAAAGGAUGAGGAAUGACAUCUGGAAUAUCUCUUAAAUCAUACCUACAAUAUCUUUGAAGGAGGAGCGUCAAAAAGGAAGUCUUUCAACUUUUUCAAUAUGCCUUAUAUGUAAACAGUUACACUUAUCUUUCACAAUGCCAUGACUUGCUCCUAACUGGUUGAGGUGUGAGUGCUCAAGUAGUGCACAACGUUUGUAAGUAACUGUUUUCAAAUAUAUUGUGACAAGGGCCUUUCUUGUUCAUUCGUAAAGGUGCAGUAGCUUGGAAGUGUGUGUUUCAUUUCAUGUAGGACAUUAUGAAUCAUCGAUACAACGUUUGCGUUCCAUAUAAAAAGCAUAAGCUAAGCAGGUGAUAUAGUUGUGAAGGAUAAGUCUACACGUUUACGAAAUUCUCUUUAUAUUUCAAUUGUAUUUCAGUGGCUUUUUCUUAGUAUUUUUAGAUAUAUUUUUGUUCAAGGUGAUACCCUCCUCCCCUUACAGAGAUAGUCAAAUCAAAUCUCAACUCAAGAUCCUUGGCAUACAUCAGAGUUUUAUUAUCAAAAGAGGAAUUUAUGUCAUGCUAAUAUAAUAUAUGCAAUAAUGUUUAUGGUUUUGCCAUCUCACAAGUACAUAUAGCCUACUAUUAACGCUGUAACAUCGUUGUUCCGAGAAACAUUGAUUUUAUCUCCCCMAAAAAACAUGCUUAUUUCCAACUGAUAACAUUCUCUAAAUUAAUGGGAGACCAGUUUGCAAGUGUUUGCAUGUAUCUGAAAGAGUUUACUGACAAAACAAGAUACACUUCUUAGCCGGAGUGAUGCCUGCAUUUUUAGCACAUGUACAUGUGUGUUUGUAAAGUUGAAUGUAUUUGAAUAACUGUGGAAAUGAGCUUUAAAACAUAUCAGACCUGCAGUUUCUAACAUGAUAUAUACAAUGUGUGACAGUGGUGCAUUUGGUUUGGUUGUCAGGACACCCAGCUGUCCUGUGACCGUCGUGUGUCCAAUGUUGUUAAAGUGUCCAAUUGGAGGAACCAUGAUUAAACUGAGUUUGGAAUCAUAAAUAGAAUUCUAGAAUGGGGAUUUGCCAUUCUUUUUGUCCUGUUCUUAGGAUUCUAUUGCUCUGGUUGGAAUAUCCCAUGAAAGAGUUGAGCACAACAAGUUGUUUGUUUUGACUGUAUCGUUAAGACUUCCGUGGUAGACUAUAAAUGCUGGUGCUUUGUAAAGAAUGUUGCCAUCUUUUUCAUGUCUUAACUCUUUUAUAUGUUUUCAUAUCUUUAUUAAUCAAUGUCUCAGUGUGAGUCGCAGUGCUAACAGUUCUGCAGUAAUACACACUCGGUCCAGUAACAUUACAAUGUCUGUCUGAAUCUUCAAUCGUUCUUUCUAUUUUAUUACAUAUAACACAACCUGCCUAGCGCCUAAACAGUUCUGUUGUUAUCGUGUAUCAUUGUCUAUAAAGUGGUGCAAAGCACAGGAGAAACAAAAUCAAUAUCUGAGAAUAACCAUCCGAAGCUCAUACAUUUGUCCUACUAUUUUUGCAACAUUGUUUUGUAUUUUUAUCAAUAACAUGAGUGUGAUCAGAGUUAUACUGUAUACAGGAUGCAUUAUCAAUUGGUGUUGUUGUUUUUGUUUAUGUUUGUGAUUAAUAUAUUUCAUCCUGAUGACCCACCACUGGUCCAACAGUAGAUGUUUAUGUACCACUGAAAAUUCUGUGUUUUUGAUUGCUCUGCGAAUACAUGUUCAGUGUGACUGAGUGAUGCUAGCCAUUCUUCUACCAGCUCUGGUCCACGGAGUUACGUGUGGCUUGCUAACGCAAGGCUCAGGUAGCUCCCUGGACCAGAAGCUAUGCUUCUUCUAUAUACAUUGUGACUAUAUCAACAAAACAUCCACCACAAAGUGCUUUCCCAGUUUCCCCUCAUGCAACAAAUCAUCGAAAGAGUUGCCAAAUGCAUGAAUGCCUUGAACUUAUUUGUUAUUUCGAAGGAAACGGUUGCUAAGAAAAUGAUUUCUAUGGAAACGGUUGCUAUUACUACAUCCUCUAACAUGCAUGACAUUGGAAACGAAUGGUAUAGGCCUGUACGGUAAAAAAAAACUCCAUCCAUACAUUGCAAUGAGUCAACGUACAGUCAUACAUCAUUCAGGCAACUUCCAAUCAGCUUCAUAUGAACUCAACUGCCUUUGUGGUAAACAAUAAUAAACAUUCAUUCCGUCAUGAGUGAAAUCCCUUUAUGUCAGAGACUGUAUAAUGUAUGCAUACUAUASUUACUCUAGAUAAGCCUAACAUGUCCAUUAGUUGCCUCAAGCCAGUCAUCUCAAGGGGAAGUCUAUGUUGGGCAGUUUGUUGUAGUUGUAAAAUGACAAAACCUUUCAAUAAAUGACCUGAUUUUUUUCCAUCGUAAUGGGGGUUAAAAACCUUAACUGGCUUAAGGAAUCUCAGUCAUUCAGUAGGUUCAGUCCAGGUCAGUCCUGCAGUCUCAUUCCUUACUGUAAGAUUGGUUGGGGUUUGAUGACAUUCCCGCUGUGGUUGAUGAUGCAGCAGUGUUUGGCUGGAUAAUGUUCAGUGCUUUGCUCAUACUGUCAUGAAUAGGAAUCACACAUGUUGAGAGGGAGGGGUGAAACUGGACUCUCUCAUUGUCUGGACUUAAAAAGAACAAUAAAAUAAUAGUUACUGUAACUAUUAA